AUGGAUGCUUCACAAGUGCGGCUGCCCGACAGCCUGCUGCAGGUGGAUGUUAGCGCGGACGACAUCCGACGGCUCAGCCAGGACUUCUCCACGAAUUGCCCCUACAACUUUGUUCACCUCCCUUGGUCUACGCUGGCCAUCGUGAACUUCCUGGACGAGGAGGCCUGUGCGGCGUGCUGGCUUCGGACCAAAAAGCUCAUGGUGACGGGAAAGAUGAAGGGCGUACGACGGGCCACCCACCACGGCCUGGAGAGCAAUUUGGUGGACUACCUCUCGCGAGCCAAAGGCAGCGAUCGAAUCGCCAAGACGCGGCCUUUGGUCUUUGACCGGGGGAUCUGGAUCUCCUUGGCUCAGGCGUGCCACAUGCUUGGGCCAGACUUGUGCACCCCACCCAACUUCCGCCAGAUUCACUUAGACCUUCACUCAAUGUCUCAGACGGAGGCCUGGCACUACCUCGAGCAGAUGACGGGCACGCAGAUCCUGAUCGACCUUUGA